AACCUAUCAGUCUCUUCCCUGAAGCGCUCCACCGGCUCGGCGUCCCCAGAAGCGUUGCUGGGGCUGCUUCACCGAUCAUCAGGCAGUCUCCAGCUGCAGUCUUUCCCCCCGUUCGCCUUAUCGCGGGUCCUUUCCCCGAUAUUUGCAGGAUAACCGAACGCUCGCAGCCCACAUUGAGCAUUUUUCCCUUUCUUCCCUCUUUUAUUUCUUGUCCAGACGAAUACUUCCACAGCCAUGGCGUUUCAGCAGCAGCCAAAUCGCCCGACCACGCAGCGAGCUGCCCGCUCCGCCGUUGGCAGCCAAGGCGCCUCGAGGCUCUCUGCGCGCAACAGCCAGGGCCAGGAACCCGAAGAGGCGCAGACCUGGGUGCUCUUCUCGCCUCCCACCGAUGUCACCACCACAUCCUAUCUGACCGAAGACGAGCAUGACCAAUCGCUCGAGACCCCCGGCCGGUCACGUCUGAGUGAUCUCGGCAGCCUCAACACAGUUGCGAGAACAGAGUCGGCGGCGGCGGCGGCAGCAGCAGCUCAGAAUGACGAGGCUCAGUCCUCGGCGCUGUCUGCGGCUGCUGAUGAGUCCCAGGCCGAUGACGCUGAGCUGGACAGCCUCGAUGGCCAUCUCCCUGGAUUCAGAUCAAUUCCAAGGAGUAGCCUCGCGAUGCCAGUCCUACCAGCGCAUGAUGGCCUGGGCUCGUUCCAUUUGGAUCAACCGACGCUUGGCCUGGACGCGCAGGACCAUAUUUUCCAGUUCGAGAGGUUCAACCCCAGGCGGUUACGGCGGAGGCUGAACAGCUUUGAUGAAGCCCAGUUUGAGUUGGAGCAGGCGCAGGUCCAGGAGGCAGAGAAGAGGGAGCGGAUUGAGGCCUGGCGGCUGGAGCAUAGCCGCAUCAUUUUUGAAGAGGUCCAGCGCGAGGCACGGCGGUCGAGGAUGAUGCAUCAGAAACGGGUCGUUGCGCAGAAGCCUGCUCCUCCCAAGACGGAGGAAAGCACCGAUGCAGAGGACAUGACGUGGCACGAGGAAGACCCAGACACACACCCAGAGGACAAGGAAGACAGCGAAGGCUUCAUUACGAGAAUCACCCGCAAGGUCCUGCGCGAUUUACUUGGCAUAGACGAAAAGAUACUAUCCGUGAUGCUCGGCGGCGACCUUUUGGACGACGAGGAGUUAUCGAGGACGCCGAGGCCGUCGGAGCAAGGGCGUGGUACUGGAGAAGCCGCGGCUCCAGAGACGGAGGAGUCGUGGCAUAUGCGCAUCCUGGAGACGGUGUCGAGAGAACUCGGCUUGCUGGUCAACCAUCUCUCGAAGCACCCCGGCGCCUUUUCGACGUAUUCGCAUGUUCAUCAGGUGCCGCUGCCUUAUGCCGGCCUGCCGGCCAUACCAGAGACUGCAGACAGCCGCACCUCUGCCUCUGGACGCACGAUGGCGGACAAGCUCGGCGGGAGUCCAUUCCCCGAAUUCAGGCCCACCAUGCGACAUGCCUUGCGAGCCGCGGACAGACCGUCCCUGAGGUCGACCGCACCCGAUGUGCUUCUACACGAUGUGUCGAUGGGUGACACGUUUACGCAAGACGAGUGGGAGCAGGAGAUGGACAUCAAGCUGGUGUUCCGCUACCUGGUCUCACGCUUCACAUCGCGGCCCGAGCCCACGCUGGGCCCCGAGCUGACGACCCGUCCGGUCCCCGCGAAGCCGCAAGACGCUGCCGCAAAGGCUGCCAGAGUAAGGCAGCACCACCCCCUCACCUCCCGGACGCGCCCUAAUGAACGUCGAGCUUUCAAAGCAACUGCACCUAGCAGCCCCGUGGCUAUGCGACACCACAGCAGCUGUGCCAGCCAGAGCACACGACGGUCCGCCCGGAGGAGCAGCGUCUCGUCCAGGCACUACUGGGACAUUGGAGGAUCCAUCGGUACAGGGUCCGUGAUUGCCGCCGCUCCCAACGCGCCGAUGGGCAGCUGGGGCGAGGUUUGA